ACACACACAUGACACAUCUGUAAAACCUUCCAGUUCCCUUCCCUACCAGGAAACAACCACCAACCUAUUAAGAUUUUCUCCUCCCUUAUAAGAAAUAUAUAUAUAGGGAGAGAAUCGCCAAAAGUGUUGUUGAGUCUUCAAUCCACCCAUUACACAAUUUAGGAAUGCUUCUCUAACUUAAAAGGAACCAAAGGCAUUGUGAGAGGCAAAACCCUAACCCCCAACUUUACAUUCUCAGAAUACAUACAUGUAUAGAAGGUUAGGGUUUUGAUCGCGUUUACCAAGAUGACACAGUUGAAGCCAAUACUCUCCCACGUCGACGACAUCCCGUCGACGCCCGGAAAGUUCAAACCGGAUAAAUUCUCACCGUACACUCACCGUCUCCGGUUACACUCCUCCCUCCCAAAACUCACCCUCUGGACCUUUGUUUUUCUCGCGAUAAUUCUCUUGUUCUUCGUCCUAUCGCCGGCGUCUCCGCCGCAGGCGACCGAUGCUUCCGUCCAGAGUAUCAAGAAAGCUUCGUGGGGCGGUUCGGUUUGGGAGAGGAAGGCCCGUAACUCGGCCCGUGUCCGCUCCCGAAACGGUCUCACCGUUCUCGUCACCGGCGCGUCGGGGUUCGUCGGCAUGCACGUCUCCCUCGCGCUGAAGCGGCGUGGCUGUGGCGUUCUCGGCCUCGACAAUUUCAACCAUUACUAUGACAUUGGUCUCAAGCGGUCCCGCAGAGACGUCCUCGAACGGGCCGGCGUGUUCGUCGUCGACGGCGACAUCAACGACGGCGAUCUCCUGCGGAAGCUCUUCGAUGUGGUGGCGUUCACCCACGUAAUGCACCUCGCGGCACAGGCCGGAGUAAGGUAUGCCAUGGAGAACCCGAGCUCGUAUGUUCAUAGCAAUAUUGCUGGUUUUGUAAGCCUACUUGAUGUGUGUAAGUCGGCGAAUCCACAGCCGGCGAUUGUCUGGGCUUCAUCGAGUUCAGUAUACGGACUCAAUUCAAAGGUACCUUUUUCAGAGAAGGACCGGACAGAUCAACCUGCGAGUCUGUAUGCUGCAACUAAGAAGGCUGGUGAAGAGAUUGCACAUACAUAUAAUCAUAUAUAUGGUCUUUCAAUUACUGGAUUGCGUUUUUUCACUGUUUAUGGACCUUGGGGAAGGCCUGACAUGGCGUAUUUUUUCUUUACUAAGAAUAUUCUUAAAGGAAAGCCAAUUACAAUAUUUGAAUCUUCUGAUAGUGGUAGUGUUGCAAGAGACUUUACCUAUAUUGAUGAUGUAGUGAAGGGUUGUUUGGCGGCAUUAGACACGGCCAAGAAGAGUACCGGUAGUGGUGGGAAGAAGAAGGGCACAGCGGAAUUGCGGAUUUUCAAUUUGGGGAAUACCUCGCCGGUUCCUGUUAGCAGACUUGUAAGCAUAUUGGAGAAGCAUUUGAAGAUGAAAGCUAAACGGAGGGUGAUGCCAAUGCCGAGGAAUGGGGAUGUGAGGUUCACACAUGCAAAUAUAAGCUUGGCAAAUAAGGAGCUUGGGUACAAGCCCACCACUGAUUUGGAAACAGGAUUGAAGAAAUUUGUUAAGUGGUACCUCAGUUACUAUGAUUCUAAGAAAAAGAGUAAGCAGUGAAUUUCUAAAACAGUUCUUUAGUGAAACCUCUGAAUUUAACUUCAUUAUGAUUGCAUCUAAUUUUAUUGCUCUAAUGAUCAAUUCCCAUUUUGGUUUCACUUCAUACACACAAUGUUGCCACGCAAGGAGGAAUUGUGUCCAGUAAUGGUAGUGUUGUGGGUUGCCCUGUGUUUUUGUGAGGGAUUCUUGUUCUGUACGAAGUAUCAACAAGAGUAGUGGAGGCCUCUUCAUUGUUUUAGUGGAUGUUAGUUUUUAAGGAUCUUGCUUAGGUAUUGUACAUUCUAUAACUAUGGACUACAAACGUGUGGUUAUGGUCUGGAUUUUUAUCAUCUUGAGGUGAUUUUAGCAAGAUGGUAAUUCCUGCCUUGGGCCUUCUGAAUAUCUUAUUCAGAUAAAGUCACAUCUGAAUUUGUGUAUUUCGUUCUGAUCGGUGUCAAAGGUUUGCUAAGUUUGCUUUCUUAAAGAA